AUGUCAACUCAAUUGCCACGUGUAACACCUAAUGCGAUUGAAGCGGUGUUGAUGAUACAGUCUGUGUAUCGUGGUUUUGAAGUGAGGAAAUCUCGGCCGUUGAUGAAAUUAAGGCAAAUUGCUCAAGUUGGAAAACAUGUGGUUGAGCUGAGAAAUCAUGAUGGUGAAAAAAUCAGAAAUACCGCUCUUGAGCCACAAGUGGAAUCACAAAAUGAAGAAAAGACCGGCGAGCUUAACAACGAUCACGAAGUCGAAGCUGCAGAUCCUAUACACGAUAUGAAGCUGGAGCAACUAGUUGAACAGAUCUCCGACGAGCUUAAUAAAGACCAUGUUCAAGCUCAAUAUGGUAGCAACGAUGAGGUUGUGAGGUUAGAUCAGGAGAAUCAUUAA